AUGUUUUCUUCCUUGUAUAAAAUGGAGGCUUUCAAGACAACUUUAAAAUAUAUUUGGAACUCCUUGAGUUUGCCAUGCUGUUGCUCAGUAACCUUUACCGACGAAAUGGAUAGUAUACUCGGCAACAACGCCGCUGGAGGUCAGCGGCAUGUGGAUCCUAACGUUCUUGCUGUGCUGCAAGAUGUUACUGAGGUGCUCGAAGUAGCACCCUGCCAGGAAUCAGCUUGGGCGAAAGCUUUUCGUCUCACAGUCUCCAUUGGUCAUCAUGGUAAGCUGGCUCUAAAGGGCGAGUUCGAGUCGACAUCAACCAUCCACGCUAUUGUACCCGAAUUUUGUCCCAAGCCUAUGGGAUGGGGGACAUUCAAGAACGAUCCAAAUUCACACUUUUACAUUUGUAAGUUUUAUGACUUUAUCGAAGGCGUACCUGAGCCGAGCUCUUUCUGUGAGAGCCUUGCGCGGUUACAUUCCAGCCAAUCUCCGACGGAGGGCAAGUUCGGAUUCUAUUGCACAACAUACAAUGGCAAUCUUCCUCAGGACAACACCUGGUGUGACAGCUGGGAACAGUUUUUUUCGAAUGGCCUACGUCACAUUUUGAACAUACGAGAAGAAAGGGCUGGCCCUAACCCCGAACUCGACGCACUUCUGCCUCAGCUCUUUGACAAAGUGAUCCCCAGGCUCUUGCGACCACUGGAAAGCGGGGGACGAAAAAUUAAACCCUCGCUAGUGCACGGAGACUUGUGGUAUGGAAAUGCAGGAAUAAUUGAUGGCGAUACCGAGAAGGGUAUCGUGUAUGAUCCCGCCAGCUUCUGGGCGCAUAACGAAUAUGAAUUGGGAAACUGGCGUCCUGAGCGAAACAAAUUCACACGUCGCUAUUUUCAAGCAUACCAUUCUCACAUACCCAAAGCGGAGCCGGAAGAGGACUACGACGAUCGCAAUGCUCUUUACUCUUUGUAUGAAGACAUUUGA